AUGGCCGCUGCUGGGCCCAUAACCACGCAUGCGCUCAACACAGCCACUGGCCGGCCAGCAGAAGGGCUGCAAGUGAGCCUGAAGAAGAAGGAGGGCGAGGAUGCUACCGGCCAGAGCACGUGGAAGAUUCUGAAGGUGGCGCGCACCAACUCCGAUGGCCGUGUGCCCGGCCUGGCAGAAGGUUUGCAGCUCCUACCAGGAGAGGUCUUCGAGCUUGCUUUUGACACGUCAGAGUAUUUCAAGGGCCAAGGUACGCCAUGCUUCUACCCCUUUGUGAGGAUCGUUUUCGAGAUUCAGGAAGCUGAGAGCCAUUACCAUGCCAAGAUGUUAGUCGUGGAUCCGAAAGCCCGUGGUCGCGUCACAGAGGUCGUGCGAGCCCCUUCUGUGCAAGUCUUUGUGGCUUCCUUGAAAACCAGCGCAGUCAUUGUUGCUUCCAUCGUACAGGAGCUUGAGGACCCUCAGAAGUCCAAAGGCAUUGAUGUGAACACGGCUGCAGUCGAUGAGCUUAUCGCUGAGCUUGCUGCGAAGUCGCCGAAGCGUGCGGAGGCAGCCCAAAACCUGCCAAAAGGAUCUGGCCAGGUCCGCAGCAGUUUGGCUGCCAAAGCGGACAAGCAAGUGGUGGAGGACGAUUCUCUGGCGUUGAGCUUGACUUCUUCUGACUUGGGGACAGCCGUGCUGGGUUCCAAGGACCGAACAAGAAAAGGCUCAGGCGAAGUGAGCUUCAAUCUCACGGCUACAGACGCACUCCAAGUGUCGAAGAAAGUCCCUGUUCUGAACCAGGGCACGCAGGAGGUCGUCAAAGCUGUUUCCCAGAAGUUCGACCAACGAUCUGGAGGGCUUGGCGUCUCCCAUGACAACCAUGCUCUGAGAGAUGUGUUGGGCGACGCGCUGGACCUCGGAGGUCACACCCUGAAUCUGAAGUCUACAGGGCACUUGAAGUCCAGGCCUCAAGCAGAAUUUGCCGGUGCUCAGCCCUGGUGCUCAGGCAGCUUGCCCAUGCACGGCACCCGCGACCUCGCAGAGGCAGUCUUGCUUGAUGCCAUGGACGCGGAGGUAUCUGCACGCAGUGGGCCUCUGCAGUCUUCUGGAACCGUUGUGGCGGAGGGCGAGGCAGGCAGCGUCCACUUCGACCACGUGACUCCGGGCUGGAAGGUCAAGUCUUCCUCCAGGAGGCAUUCUGACUCCAGCAGCUCGAGCCCACCAGCAAGCCGGGAGAAGAGGCUCCCCAUCGUGACACGUGAUCAGCCUGCUCAUGUGGAGGUGCCGAAGCGGGACACCCGUGCUCCGUCGCUGCGUGCAGCCGGAGCCGGAGCAGUGCUGGGCAGCCAACCACUUCGAACAUCGAACUCAGUCCCAACCGAUGUCUCCUCGAAACGGAGGCCCAGCCGCGGCAGCAGUUCCCGGGGCUCGCAAGGAAACGACAAUGACCGGUCAGUGACAUGGCCACAGAUGCCGCCCAUUGAAAUACUCGUGCCCCAACCUUCUCGCGAGUCUCGUGCCCGCCUUCGCUCCACCACGCCGCCGGCUGGGCGACCCACGACGCCCGAUUCCGCUCGCAAAGCUAGGGUGGAGAAAGACCAGAAGAAAGAGCUGCAAAGGAACGGAGCAAUGACAAUCCCAUUCCACGAUGGGCCCAAAGGUUCAGCGCCGCAACCUCCGAAGGGUCUCCUGGAGCGGAUGGAGCAACGCCGGGAGCAGCUCCAAGUGAAGAAGGCCGAGAGGAUCAAAGACAUACAGGAGCCGAGUUUCUUGCUCUCUAAGCGGCUUGCAGACACAGACUGCGCCGGCUGCUACCGACCGGCAGCGAGAAACUGCGAAGGCUGGGCGUGGCUUGAUGCAGGA